AUCGCAGAACUCAUCAUGCUUCCUGGCUUUUCUCUGGACAUGUGGGAAUCGCAUCACGAGCAGAUCGCCUCGGAUUUUCUUGGCAAGAAUGAUGCGCACACCAAGCGCCUGAUCGCCUACGUCAACGAGGAGCAAAAGCCGCCUGUCUUGUGCCUCCAGAGCUCUGUUCCUGUUCAUCGAGUGGACGAGUUCAUGUACUUCCUGCGCGACUACCACUCCAUCUCCGACGACUUUCUGCGCGAGAGUGACUUUGAGAAGCGCAUCCAGUUCGGUACCGUCUCCGGCAGCCGCAUGGGGAGUCUGCUCAGAACCAUGCAGGGCAUCUAUGUUCCACUCAUACUGGAAAACAAGAGCUGGCCCGACAGCGUCCGCAAGGAAUUCACCAGCCAGCUGCACAAGUUCAUGGCCUUUCUCACCGACACGACCUACCAGAUGAAGGGCCACACCGUGCUGUACGUGCCGCUCGAGAACCUGGCCAACCCCGAGAGCGCCGCAAAGGCCAAGGACAUGGUUCAGCGUCUGGAGUGCAUCCUAGUGCACUGGAACCGCCAGAUCAAAGAGGUCGUCAACAACCAACACACCUCCGAGACCACCGAGAAUUUGGGCCCUCUCGAGGAGAUCCAGUUCUGGAAGAGCCGCUGCGAAGACCUCUCCAGCAUCAGCCAGCAGCUCAAUCGCCCGGACGUCCGUCAGAUCAUCACGGUUCUCGAGAUCGCAAAGUCGUCCUAUGUCGAGCAGUUUGUGCGCCUGUCCAACUCGAUCCUCGAGGGCACCGUUCAGGCCCAGGACAAUCUCAAAUUCCUGUCUACGCUGUACACCUCGUGUGGAAACCUGGCCAGCGCCGAGCCCAAGAACAUACCUGCGAUCCUGCCCAAGCUCCUCAGCUGCGUGCGCAUGAUCUGGGCCAACUCGCGCUUCUACAACACAAAAGAGCGCAUGACCAGCCUUUUGCGCAAGGUCAGCAACGAGAUCAUUCUGCGCUGCUGCGCCAAAAUCUCGCUCGAGGACAUUUUCCGGGGCGAUGUCCAGUCCAGCAUGACCAGCUUGCAGGAGAGCAUCAACUGCGGCGAGUCCUGGAAAGUCAUCUACAAAAAGACCUGCGCCCACAUCUCCAAGCAUACUCAGUCGGCCUGGGACUUUGAUCCCAGCAGCAUCUUUGCCCAGAUCGACGCCUUUGUCCAGCGAUGCCGCGACUUGCUUGAAGUUUGCGAGGGCCAGAUCCAGUUUGCCCGCAAGAUCGAGGGAGGCGAAAAGUCGCCCAUUCCGAUAUUUAGCGGAUCUCGCGGACUUGAAAUCACCAAGAGCCUCGAAGACAUUGAACUCGCUUUUGAAAAGCAAAUCACCACCCUCUGGAACAUCCGCAAAUACAUCUUGGACGUCAAAGCCACGCGAUGGCACGACGACUACAACAACUUCAAACAGUGUGUCAAGGACCUCGAGGUCAUGACCCAGAACGUCAUCAUUUCUGCCUUUGAGGGCGUCUCGACCGUCGAGGCCAGUGUCGAGCUCCUCGAGAUCUUCCACCACCUGGCCAAGCGCGAGGCCAUCAAGCGCACCGUCGAGAAAAAGACCGCCGACGUUUACGCGCUGUUCAUGACCGAGCUCAACACCGUCAAGGUCGAGUUCGAGUCGCGCAAAAAAACGCCCGAUCUUUGGCGGACGCACCCGGACUAUGCCGGCUCGGCGUACUGGGCGCGGUCGCUGCUGCGCCGGAUCAACUACUCCAUGAGCAUCCUGCAGAAUGCAUACUACCUCCCUGCGACACUCUUGGCCGAGGAGGCCAAGGCACAAUACGAGCCGCUCGUCGCCGCCCUCGAGGAUUACAUCAUCAAGACGCACUCGGACUGGUGCGCAUCGCUGCGUGCGGACAUUUCCGAUGCGUUGGAACUGACGCUGCUUUCACGCCGCGGUGAGGCGCUCGAGGCCAAGUUUGACAACGACUUGAUGCGUGUCUUCCAGGAGGUGCCCUACUGGCAAAAACUCAAGAGCGAGGUCCCCUUCCACGUCCAGGAAGCCUACAGCAAGAAGGAGGAGAUCCGGGUCUUGCGCGAGAGUGUGCUGCUGGUCGUGCGCGACUACAACAGCAUCAUCGAGACGCUUUCCCAGGAGGAGCACUGGCUCUUCCGCGAGCGCAUCCGCUUCCUCGACCGCAAGAUCAAUCCGGGCUUGACCAACCUGACUUGGGCCUCCAAGGGCAUCACCGAGUACUUUAUCAAAGAGUGCCGCCGGCACUCUCACGACGUCCAAAAGACCGUCUCCGAGUUCAUCGAGUCCAACACGCGCAUCCAGAACAACUGCAAGUUUGUGUCCGAGUGUCUGCUCUGGAGUAUCGAAAACAAAAAGAUCUACGAGCUCGCUGAGUUCGAGAAGGCCCAAGAGCGCCAUCGCGACGUUGUGCGCAAGAAGCUCAAGGCCGCACACGACGACAUUCUGGCUACUCUGCAGACUACCUACGAGGUCUUUCGCAACGACGGCAGGGAUGUCUAUAAUCACUGGGUGCGCUACAUCCAAAAGAUUGACACGUCCGUUGAGGAGUCGCUGCGCCUGACCGUCAAGCGCUCGCUCCAAGAGAUUGCCAAGGCCAUCAACGGCGAGGGCAAGAACCGCGACGGCGCCACCGCAGAAGUCCAUGCGCUCUUCAAGGUCAACGUCGUCCUGGACAUGCACAAGGUCGACUUCAACCCGACGCUGCAGAAGCUCGAGGAGACCGUCAACAAAGUCGCCCGCGAGAUGAUCUCGACUAUCGACGUCAUUGCACGCAUCCCCGAGAUCUUGGCCUCGGACACCGUCAAACCCGGUCCGCGCAUUUACGACAUCAUCUCGGGCGAGGAGGAUAUCCUCAAGAUCUUUGUCAGCAUCCAAAACGGCAUGGGCAACAACGCCGCAAAAUGCCAGACCUAUCUCCACAACUGGGACUCGUAUCGCGAGAUCUGGGAGAUCAACAAGGAUGCCUUCAUCCGCCGCUACGCCAAGCUCAAGCCGACCCUGUCGACCUUCGACGCCGACAUCAACCGGUACAACGAGAUCGCCAACAACACCCAGAAGGAAGAAACCCUCACCAACAUCAACUUUGUGCGGCUGGACUGCUCGCCGCUCAAGCACGCCCUCGUGAGCCACUGCAAUUCCUGGCAGAACAAGCUCACAACGCUCCUCAACUCCAAUGCCAGCGGCGAGCUCAAGGGCCUGCACGACAUGUUUCUACAAAAGACGCAGCAGUUGCUCACACCCCCGACCGACCUCGACAAGCUCUCCGAGAGCCUCUCGACCCUUUCUCAGAUCCAGGGCGAUAUGACCUCCAUCGAAGCGCAGUUUCAGCCCAUCCACGACCAAUACAAGGUCCUGGAAAAGUACGAAGUGCCCAUCAAGGAGGAAGAGAAGAUGCUGCUCGAGACUCUGCAGCCAGCUUGGGUCAAGUUCCAGCAGAUGAUCGUCGAGUCCGAAAAGCUCCUACAAGAAUCCAAGCUGAGGUUCAAGGCCGAUCUGCUCUACUCUGUCGAUGAGUUCCAGAAGGGCAUCACGGCCAUGCGAGACGAGUUUGUCUCCAAGGGUCCCUUCAACGCCAGCUACGGCGUCGACCGCGCCCUCAAGGCCAUCGCCGAGUAUCGUGCUCUGAUCCAGACUGCCACCUCACAGGAAAAGAACCUUGCCAAGGGUCUGGCCGUCUUCAGGAUGGAGCAAGCACCCUCGAAGGAGAUCGACGCCAUGAACUCGGAUCUCGACAAUCUCAGUCAAGUCUGGACGCUCUCGCAGGAGUGGUCCCAGACUUGGGAGAACUGGAAGAGCAAGCCCUUCCUGUCCCUCGAAAACACCGAGAUCGAAGAGACGGUGCAAAAGUACCUCAAGCGCCUCACCAAGAUGUCCAAGGAUGUCAAGGACUGGGAUGCCUUCCUGACGCUGCGCGAUCGCAUCACCCAGAUCAAGCGCACGCUGCCCGUUCUCACCGAUCUCAAGAACCCGGCACUUCGCGAUCGCCACUGGUCGCAGUUGAUGGAAGAGAUCGGCAAGACCUUUGACCCCCACGGGGCCGACUUUACCCUCGAGAAAAUCAUGGAGAUCGGCCUGGACCAGUACGUCGAGUCCAUUUCAAACCUCUCUGGAGCUGCCACCAAGGAACUGUCGAUCGAGGAGGGUCUGGCCACCAUCCGGGAGGCCUGGCGGGUCCUCGAGCUCGACAUUGUCCCUUACAAGGAGGACAAGGGGUACUACAAGAUCCGCAGCACCGACUCAAUCUUUGAGCUGCUUGAGGACAACCAAGUGACGCUGUCGUCCAUGAAGGCCUCAAAGUUCUUCCUGGCCUUUGAGGCCCAGGUCGACCACUGGGAGCGUGCCCUCUCGCGCAUCGUCGAGGUCAUCGAGCAACUCCUGCAAGUGCAGCGCCAGUGGAUGUAUCUCGAAAACAUCUUUGUCGGCACCGAAGACAUCCGCAAGCAGCUGCCCAAGGAAUCGGCUGUCUUUGACGCCAUGAACGCCGCCUUCAAGAUCAUCAUCGGCGAGAUGAUGGCCACCAAAAACGUCUUGGCCGCCACCCACAAGGAAGGCCUGCUCGAGACCCUGACCGACAUGAACACCAAGCUCGAGAAAAUCCAAAAGUCACUCGAUAUGUAUCUCGAAACCAAGCGCCAGGCCUUUCCGCGGUUCUACUUUCUCUCCAACGACGAUCUGCUUGAAAUCUUGGGCCAGUCCAAGGAUCCAAAUGCUAUCCAGCCGCACCUGAAGAAGUGCUUUGACGGCAUCAACAAGGUUGAACUUGCCCUCGUCGGCUCAGACAACCGCAAGCACUUUGAAGCCACCGGCAUGCACUCUGGCGACGGCGAGUUUGUGCCUUUCAGCUCGCCGGUCGUGAUCGACGGCCCUGUCGAGGGCUGGCUUACCGAGAUCGAGUCCAUGAUGAGAAUCACUCUCAGAAAGCUGCUGCUGGGCACCCUCUUGGCCCUCAAGAAGGUCAAAAAGGAUAAAUGGCUCAAAGACUGGCCCGGUAUGCUCCUCAUCACCUCGGGUCUCAUCUCGUGGACGCAGGACUGCACCAAGGCCCUCCAGGAGGUCGAGAAGGGUGGAAAGCACCCCCUCAAAACCCUCAAGAAGAAGCAAAUCUCGAAUCUCAAGAAACUCGCCGAUCUCGUCCGCUCACCCCUCAGCAAGGUCGAGCGCAAGAAGCUCAUUGCUCUCAUUACCGUCGAGGUCCAUUCGCGCGACGUCAUCGACAGGAUGGCAAAGAGCAACUGCUCCAACGUCAAUGCCUUCGAGUGGCUCAGCCAGCUUCGGUUCUACUGGGAAAAGGAAGGCAAGGACGACGAAGACUGCUUCAUCCGCCAGAUCAACACACACUUUCGCUACGGCUACGAGUAUCUCGGCAACAGCGGUCGUCUCGUCAUCACGCCGCUUACCGAUCGCUGCUACAUGACCCUGACCACGGCCUUGCACCUGCGCCGCGGUGGCAGUCCGCAAGGGCCUGCAGGGACAGGCAAGACAGAGACCGUCAAGGAUUUAGGCAAGGCCCUGGGAAAAUAUGUCAUUGUCCUCAACUGCUCCGAGGCCAUGGACUACAAGUCAAUUGGCCGGACCUUCUCGGGACUCUCGCAGACCGGCGCCUGGGGAUGCUUUGACGAGUUCAAUCGCAUCGAUAUUGAGGUGCUCAGUGUAGUGGCCCUGCAGAUAUCAUGUAUCCUGGCGGCCAUUACCCGCAAUGCAAAGGUCUUUGUGUUUGAGGGGCAGGAAAUCAAACUCAACCCCACCUGCGGCAUCUUUAUCACCAUGAACCCGGGCUAUGCCGGACGUACCGAGCUGCCAGACAACCUCAAGAGUCUGUUCCGCCCCGUCUCGAUGAUGGUGCCGGACUCGGCUCUCAUUGCAGAAAUCAUGCUCUUUGCCGAAGGUUUCUCCAACACCCGCAAUCUGUCCAAGAAGGUCGACACGCUCUACAAACUGGCCAUCCAGCAGCUCUCCAAACAGGACCACUACGACUUUGGUCUCAGAGCCCUCACGUCGGCCCUCCGAAGUGCCGGUGGUAGAAAGCGGCAGGACAUGAACGUCCCCGACGAAGUCGUUCUGUACAUGUCCAUGCGAGACAACAACAUCCCCAAGCUCACAGCCGAAGACGUCCCGCUCUUCCUCGGCAUGCUCUCGGAUCUCUUCCCGGGCGUCGAAGCCGUAACGGUCGACUACACAGACUUUAGAACGGCCCUGCUCGAAGAAAUGGCGGCGCGAAACCUUCAGCCGAAAGAGUCGAUGAUCAUCAAAGUCAUCCAGCUGUUCGAGACCAAGCAAACCCGCCACGGAGUCAUGGUUGUCGGGCAGACGGGCUCUGGAAAGACCUGCGUCUGGAAGUUGCUGCAAUCCACCAUGACCAAGCUCUCCAAACAGUUCCCCGACAAGUACGUGGCUGUCAAGACCUAUGCGAUCAACCCCAAGGCGCUGUCGCUCGGUGAGCUCUAUGGCGAGUUCAACAUUGCCUCGAACGAAUGGACCGAUGGAGUGCUGUCGAAUGUUAUGCGCACGGCUUGCUCUGACGAGAAAAAAGAUCAAAAGUGGAUCAUCCUUGACGGACCCGUGGACACACUCUGGAUCGAGUCCAUGAACACCGUGCUCGACGACAACAAGGUUCUCACGCUCAUCAACGGCGAGCGCAUCGCACUGCCGGAGCAGGUGGCGCUGGUGUUCGAGGUCGAGGAUUUGUCGACCGCCUCGCCUGCGACCGUCAGCCGCGCAGGCAUGAUCUACCUCGACUACCAAGACUUGGGCUGGCAGCCAUACAUUGAAUCAUGGCUGCGCGGACGGUCCGAGCAGCAGUCUGUCGAAACUCUGCGACGCCUCAUCGACAAGUUCAUGAACCAGGCCAUGGAGUUUUGCAAAACCUGCCAGGCCUUGGUGCCCGUUCCGGAAUACGGCGCAAUCAAGUCGUUCUGCAACCUCUUUGAUGCGGUGGCAAUCGCCGAGAACGGUGUUGAUCCAGACGACCAGGACACGUACCCACGGAUGAUCGAGUUGUGGUUUCUGUUCUCGAUCAUUUGGUCUCUCGGCGGCUACCUGACUGCCGAGAGCCGGAAGCGUUUCGACAUGUUUCUACGAGAGCUUGAGGGGCAAUUCCCAAGCAAGGACACCGUCUAUGAGUAUCUCGUCGACAAGCAGAGCCGAACGUGGGUCUCGUGGGAGGAGAAGCUGCCGAGCGGAUGGCGAUACGCCGCCAACAUCCCCUUCUACAAAAUCUACGUUCCAACGAUCGACACUCUCCGCAACGAGUUCAUCGUUCGGUCGCUCACGUACAAGAAGAGCCCCAUCCUGAUGGUUGGCGAAGUUGGCACGGGCAAAACCUCGCUGCUGCAGAACGUUCUGUACAAUCUGGAUGAGUCCCGGCAAGUGCUCGUGAUCAACAUGUCCGCACAAACAUCCUCAAACAGCGUCCAGACCAUCAUGGAAAGCAGGGUCGAGAAGCGCACCAAAAACAUCUUUGUCCCCAUCGGCGGCAAGCAGCUGAUUGCCUUCAUCGAUGACCUCAACAUGCCCAUGAAGGACACUUUUGGUUCUCAGCCGCCACUUGAGUUCAUCCGCCAUUGGCUGGAUUACGGAUUCUGCUACGACCGCCAAAAGCAGACCGUCAAGUUCAUCAACGAUAUCCUCCUCGUGGCAUCCAUGGGCCCUCCGGGCGGCGGACGCAAUCCCAUCAGCGCGCGCAUCCAGUCUCGAUUCAACGUCAUCAACAUGACCUUCCCGAGCGAGCCUUCGCUCCACAAGAUCUUUGAAACCAUCAUCAAUCAAAAGCUUCAGGACUUUGAGGAGGACAUCAAGCCGCUGGGAGACAUUAUGGCCCGUGCCACGAUCGAGAUCUACCACACGAUUGUCGCCCAGCUCCUCCCGACACCGGCCAAGAUCCACUACCUCUUCAACCUCCGAGACAUCUCCAAGGUCUUCCAGGGGCUUCUGCGGGCAAAUAAGGAAUACUACGACUCGCGCGAGUCCAUCACCAAGCUGUGGGUCCACGAGACAUACCGGGUCUUCCACGACCGCCUGGUCGACAAGGAUGAUCGCGAGUACUUCCGAAAGCUCAUCGACGACAAGCUGAUUGCUCAUUUCAGCAGCUCGCUCAAGCAGCUCUGUCCCGAUAAGCGGCUUCCCAUCUUCUGUGACUUUACCAAGGAUAACGGUAUGGAAAACGCCGUUUACGAGGAGAUUCCCGAGAUCGACAAGCUCAAAAAGUUCAUCGAGCAAAAGCUGGAGGAGUACAACUCCGAGCCCGGGUUCAUCCAGGUUGACCUCGUGCUCUUUGUCGAUGCCAUCGAACACAUAUGCCGCAUUACCCGCGUGCUCCGGCAGCCCUGCGGCAACGUGCUGCUGGUUGGCGUGGGCGGUAGCGGACGUCAAAGCUUGACCCGUCUGGCGGCAUAUGUGGUCGAAACCGCCGUGUUCCAGAUCAAGAUCUCGAAACACUAUCGGUACAUUGAGUUCCGUGAGGAUCUGAAGAAGCUCUACCGCAUGGCCGGCAUCGACAACAAGCCCACAGCCUUCCUCUUCACCGACACUCAGAUCAUCAACAAUCUCUUCCUCGAAGAUCUCAGCAACAUCCUCAGCAGCGGAGAGGUUCCCAACUUGUUCCUUGCCGACGAACUGAGCGAGAUCAAGCAGGCGCUGCUUCCGUUUGCCAAAGCAGACCGGAUUGCCGAAAAUAACGACUCGAUGUAUGCCUACUUCAUCGAGCGCGUUCGCAACAAUCUGCAUGUCGUUCUCUGCAUGAGCCCCGUCGGCGACGCCUUCCGCAACCGACUGAGAAUGUUCCCGUCGAUCGUCAACUGCACCACCAUCGACUGGUUCUCCGAGUGGCCCGAGGAUGCCCUGCUGGAGGUGGCCAUGAAGUACCUCGGCGACGUUGAUCUGGGCUCGGAUGCGAUGCGCAAGGCCGUCUCGCACGUCUUUGUCUCGGUCCACAUCUCGGUCGUGGAGGCAUCCGCCAAGAUGAUCUCGGAACUCAAGCGCUACAACUAUGUAACCCCGAUCAAUUACCUGGAGCUCGUCACAGGCUACCGCGAGCUUCUCAAGGAGAAGCGGCGCGACAUUGGCACGGCAGCCUCGAAGCUGCGCAACGGUCUCAGCAAGCUUGACGACACCCGCGUCAACGUCGAAAAGAUAUCCGUCGAACUCGAGGUGUCCAAGAAGCAGGUGGCGCAGUACCAGAAGCAGUGCGAGGACUAUCUCGUCAUCAUUGUGCAGCAGAAGCGUGAGGCCGAUGAGCAAGCCAAGAGUGUCGCAGCCAAGGCCGAGAAGCUUGGCGGUGAGGAAGAGGAGGUGCGUGCGGUUGCCGAGGCAGCCCAGGCCGAUCUCGACCAGGCCAUGCCGGCCCUCAACGCUGCCGUCAAGGCCCUGGAAGGCCUCAACAAGAAGGAUUUGAACGAGAUCCGGUCGUACGGCAAGCCCCCUCCGCUUGUCGAAAAAGUCAUGGAGGCCGUCAUGGUCCUGAAAAAGUGCGAGCCAACAUGGGACGAAGCGAAGCGCCAGCUUGCCAAUCCCUAUUUUAUCAAGCAGCUCGUCAACUUUGACAAGGACAACAUCUCGGACAAGAUCCUCAAGAAAAUCUCGCAGUAUUGCGCCGAAGAAACCUUCCAGCCCGAGGUCGUCGGCCGCGUCUCCGGAGCAUCCAAGUCUCUGUGCAUGUGGGUGCGGGCGAUGGAAACAUACGGUGUCAUUGUGAGACAAGUUGCCCCGAAGCGGGAAAAGCUGAGAGUUGCGCAAGAGACUCUCGAGAAGAAGCAAGCCUCGCUCCGGGAAGCCAAGGGGAAGCUACAAGAGAUUCAAGACAAGCUCAUCGAGCUCAAGAACCAGUACGACGAGAAGGUCGCUCUGAAAGAGAAGCUGCGCAAGGACUCGGAGGAGACCGAGAUCAAGCUGAACCGAGCCGAGCAGCUCGUCUCUGGACUCUCCGGCGAGCGCGAUCGGUGGGAGCAAAGCAUCAAGAACUACGAUGAGGCCAUGCGCUAUCUGCCUGGAGACUGUCUGAUGGCGGCCGGAUUCCUGUCCUAUGCCGGCCCGUUCAACAGCACAUACCGCGUGAUGCUUGUCAACAACGUGUGGCUGGCGCAGAUGAAGACCCAGGAGAUCCCCUUCACCCCCGAUUUCCGAUUCGAGGUCUUCCUGGGCAAGCCAACCGAUAUCCGCGAUUGGAAUCUGCAGGGCUUACCGAGCGAUCCGUUCUCGUCCGAAAACGGUCUGAUUGUCACCCGCGGUCGUCGCUGGCCACUGAUGGUUGACCCACAGGGCCAAGCCAACACAUGGAUCAAGAACAUGGAGGCCAAGCGCGACCUCAAGAUCAUCGAUCUCAAACAGCCCGACUUUCUGCGCACGCUCGAAAACGCAAUUCAGUACGGCAUUCCUGUUCUGCUGCAGGGAAUCCUGGAUGUCAUAGAUCCGGCCCUCGAUCCAAUCCUGAGCAAGGCGGUGGUCAAGAAAGCUGGUCGCUAUGUGAUCAAGCUGGGUGAAAAGGAGGUCGAAUACAACCCCGAGUUCCGCUUCUACAUCACCACCAAGCUGGCCAACCCCAAGUACGCCCCCGAGGUCUUUGCCAAAGCAACCAUCGUCAACUUUGCGGUCAAAGAGAAGGGUCUGGAGGACCAGCUGCUGGGCAUCGUUGUGCGGCGAGAAAAGCCCGAGCUGGAAGAGCAGAAGAACAAGUUGGUCAUCAAUGUCGCAGCGGCAAAGAAGAAGCUGGUGGAGCUCGAGGAUGAAAUCCUGGGGAUGCUCAGCAACGCACAGGGCUCGCUGCUGGACGACACCAAGCUUGUCAAUGCGCUGCAGUCGUCGAAAGCCACGGCCGAGGAAGUGACACAGCAGCUGAUUGUCAGCGAGCAGACAGAGAAGCGCAUCGAUGCUGCCCGCGAAGGCUACCGUCCGUGCGCGCAGCGGGCUUCGGUUCUGUACUUUGUGCUCAAUGAUUUGGCCACGGUCGACCCGAUGUACCAGUUCUCGCUCGACUCGUACGUCGAUCUCUUUGACAAGUCCAUCGCCAAGAGCAAAAAGUUCGACGAUCUGCAGGAGCGACUGACCAGUUUGAACGAGUACCACACAUACGCCGUCUACAAGAACACCUGUCGCGGCCUGUUUGAGCAGCACAAGCUGCUGUUCUCGCUGCAAAUGACAGUCAAGAUCCUCGAGACAUCGGGCAAGCUCAGCAAAGACGAGUACGACUUUUUCCUGCGCGGCGGACAGGUGCUGGACAAGGAUUCACAGCUACCAAACCCUUGCACAGAAUGGAUCACCGAGAGCACGUGGGAUAAUCUCACCGAGCUCGACAAUCUCGCUGCAUUUGGCGGCCUGGUCAGCUCGAUUGAACAGAACGAGCGCGAGUGGCGCGCGUGGUUCAUGAGCAGCGAGCCCGAGACGCAGACCCUGCCUGGCGAAUGGGAAAACAAACUCAACGAUCUGCAGCGUAUGCUUGUUAUUCGGUCGCUCAGAACCGAUCGAGUCAUAUUCUGCGCACAGAACUACGUGGUCAACAUCCUUGGCCAAAAGUUCAUCGAGCCUCCGAUCCUGGACGUGGCCGAUAUCCUGGGCGACUCGUCACCCCGCACCCCACUCAUCUUUGUGCUCUCGCCUGGAGUGGAUCCCACCGCAACCCUCGCUGCGCUGGCGCAGAAGAAGGGCAUGGGAGACAAGUUCCACUAUCUGUCUCUCGGACAGGGGCAGGCCCCCAAAGCCACGCGCCUGAUCCAGGACGGCAUCAAGGACGGCAAUUGGGUGUUUUUGGCCAACUGCCAUCUGUCCAUCAGCUGGAUGCCGUCACUAGACAAAAUCAUCGAAGUCAUCCCGGCCGAGAAUCCCCACCCCAACUUUCGAUUGUGGCUGUCGAGCAGCCCGCAUCCGCAGUUCCCGAUUUCGAUUCUGCAGGUCGGCAUCAAGAUGGUGACGGAACCGCCCAAGGGCAUCAAGGCCAACAUGAGCCGCCUCUAUGCCACCUUCACCAGUGAAAACUACGACCGCUGCAAAAGCUUGGAUAUCUACCGCAAGCUUGUGUUCUCACUGUCAUUCUUCCACUGCAUUCUGCUCGAGCGCAAGAAGUUCCUGACUCUUGGCUGGAAUGUGACUUGCGACUUCAACGACUCUGACUUUGAUGUCUGCGAGAACCUGCUGGUCGUACUGCUCGACGAGUACGCCGAGACGCCCUGGGAUGCCCUCAAGUACCUCAUCGCCGAAGCCAACUAUGGUGGACGCAUCACCGACGACUGGGACCGUCGCGUCUUGCGAAGCUACAUCAACCAUCUCUUCUGUGAAGAGGCCGUCAGCGCCCCGCAGUACAAGCUCACGUCGAUGCCGCAGUACUUCAUCCCAGACAACCUGGAGCUGGAGUCCUUCCGCGAGUAUAUCGCCACAUUCCCUGGAUUCGACAAGCCCGAGGUCUUUGGGCAGCAUCCGAACGCCGAUAUUGCCAGCCAGAUCAAAGAGUCUGGCAGCAUGCUUGCGUCGUUGCUGUCGCUUCAGCCCCAGGUCUCGGUUGGUGGAGGAGCCAGCCGCGAAGACAAGGUGAUGGGGAUCUCUGCCGAUAUUUCCAAGCGGCUGCCUGAGGACAUUGACUACGACUACACAUACAAGUUGGUCAAGCUCGACAUGUCGCCCCUUAACGUCGUUCUCUUGCAAGAGAUUGCGCGGUUCAACUAUCUGCUCAGAAAGGUCAGAAAAUCGCUCGAGGAGCUGCAAAAGGGUAUCAAAGGCGUGGUCGUCAUGUCUCCCGAGCUCGAAGAGACAUUCCUGUAUAUUUACGAGGGCCGGGUGCCACCUCUGUGGAGCAAAUCAUAUCCGUCGCUGAAAACGCUUGCCGCCUGGACGCGCGAUCUGGCACAACGAGUGGAGCACUUCAACGAAUGGUCAAAAGGGGCCGAGCCCAAAGUCUUUUGGCUUGGAGCAUUCACUUUCCCAACUGGCCUAUUGACGGCGGUGCUGCAGCGUGCCGCACGCAAGAACAACGUACCGGUCGACAUUCUCUCCUGGGAGUUUACUGUACUUCAGCUGGAAGACGAAAACCACAUCCAGGCGGGGCCCAAGGACGGAAUAUAUGUCCGGAAUUUGUAUUUGGAGGGCGCGAGCUGGGACAAGAAGGCAAACUGCCUCAAGGAGCCGCGCCCGAUGGAGCUCAUCACGCCCCUGCCGCCCAUCCACUUCCGGCCUGUCGAGGCCAAGAAGAAGGUCAGCAAGGGCGUGUACGUCUGUCCCCUCUACUACUAUCCAAUUCGCUCUGGAUCGAGGGAGCGACCGUCCUUCAUCAUUGCCCUCGAGCUCAAAACCGGCGCACACGAAUCGGACUUUUACGUCAAGCGCGGCACGGCGUCCUUGGCAUCCCUCGGAUAGAUCUGCGGGCCAUCCGUAGCAAUGAAAACCGCAGUGCUCUUUUGAAUACAUCCUCUGGGGCCACCCGUGGGAAGAAUCUGCCCGAGCGCAUCUCAAAAUCAUGCACAUGCUCUCGGCUGGAUGGCCGCUCAAUAUAUUGACUCGAUGCAAAUCGCCGACCAU